CCCUCCGUUACCGCUAUAAAACGGCAUGGCGAGCGCUACCAUCUCACCUGUAGCACCACCACCACCAGCAGUUGCGCCGCUUCCACUGCAGGCGUCGCGGUUGGAGCCGGAGGGGCCUCGUCGCCAAGGUUUCCUCAUGGAAGCGCCUCCCCGCGACGAUAACAAUGACAACGCCAACCACCACCCUAUUCUCUCAAUCCGCCGCGGGUAUCGGCGCCGCCACUGCCUCCCCCACAACCCCGACCCGGCCAAGCGCAUCCGCCGCGCCGAGGGGGAGAGCUCCCGAUCCGCCUCCGGCACCGACCCGCUCCCCCAGGAUGACGGCUCCGGGAAGAUCGACGAGAAGAACGCCACCGACGCCCCGCCGCUGCGCCGCGCGAGUUGCCUGCAAUCCCUGGCGCACGGGUCAAUGUCGGUGCUGGGGAGGCGGAGGGACAUGGAGGACGCGGUGACGGAGGUAACGGGUCUCGCCGUGACGGCGGCGGGGGCGGGCGGGUACGCGUACUUCGCGGUGUACGACGGGCACGGGGGGGCGAUGGUGGCGCGGGCGUGCCGCGACAGGCUGCACGUGGCGGUGGCGGAGGAGGUGUGGCGGCGGGGUGCCGCGGGCGAGGGGGACGGACCCGAGAUGUGGAGGCGGGCGCUUGAGGCGGGGUUCGCGAGGGUGGACGCCGAGGUGAUGGAGGCCGCCCGGGCGAUGAAGAAGGGGAUGGUGGGCUCAACGGCGGUGGUGGCGGUGGUUGCCGAGAAGUGGAUCGUGGUGGCCAACUGCGGCGACUCAAGGGCGGUGCUCUCCCGCGGCGGGGUAGCCGUGCCACUGUCAAUCGAUCACAAGCCUGACAGGCCCGAUGAGCUCAGGCGAGUAGAAGCUCUAGGAGGGAGAAUCCUCUGUUGGGACUGUCCUCGUGUCCUAGGAGUACUAUCCACUUCUAGGUCCUUUGGUAUGUACAUGUUCAUACUUGAUCGAUGACAAAGGUAAAUACAAUCAUUCAAUUACUUCGUUUAGAAUAUAAAAGCUAAUGUUCAGCCAUGACAAAAUUGGAUAAAUGAGUUCCCAUUGAUCAUGGUCGUUCCUUAGAAAAUAGAGGGAAUAAGUCUUUCUCUUUUUGAGUAUUGAGCGAGGAAAAUCUACAACAUGAAACCAGUUAUAAAAGAGACCAGACGCGAAUUCUGGAGUCUUCGUUUAUAGGCUUAUCAAAAUACUACUAUGACAACAAAUCAACUGCUUUACAACAGUUAGCAGAAUCCAAAUUAUAGAACAACUCUUCAUCUUUU